AAAACCUUGGCUCCCGAAAACCCUGGUUGGUUCUAGCAAUUUCCAUUCCAAAUAUCAGACACCACGCAAUCCCCUGUCCCCAGAUUCAGCCAUUUGCACUUUCCUUCAUCUUCUUCCUUCCAAUUCUUUCACUCUUUCGUUUCAUUUCGACCUCCAACGUCACUCUGAUUAUGGCGGAUGACCUUUCUCUUGAUUUGGAGGAACUUCGUCACCUCCACAGCAUUGCCAAGAGGCCUCGAGUCGUCUCUCUCAUUUCCUCUGAGAUUCGCACCUUAGAGAAGUUAUCAAAAGAGUCUGUCCCACAAACUCCAACACCCAUUGCUGUUUCAAGUUCAAUUGCUAAGGUACCCUUCAAUUCAGGGAUUGUUUACACUCCACUACCUGGAUUUAGCUGGGAUCAGGACAAUGACAAAGUGAAGAUAUAUAUAUCGCUGGAAGGGAUUGAGGAAGAAAAAGUCGAAACUGACUACAAGCAAUUAUCGAUUGAUAUCAAGUUCCAUGGUGUUAAAGGAAAGAAUUACCGGUUUGCAAUUCCUAAAUUGAACAAGGAGAUUGUUCCUGAGAAGUGCAAGUUGCUAGUGAAACCAACACGGGCUGUGAUCACGCUGUACAAAGCUUCAAAGGGGAACUGGUUAGACUUGAAUUUGAAGGAGGAUAAGCUCAAGCCAGGUCUUGAUAAGGAACGCGACCCAAUGGCAGGGAUUAUGGAUUUAAUGAAGAAUAUGUACGACGAAGGAGAUGAUGAAAUGAAAAGAACGAUAGCGAAGGCAUGGACUGAUGCCAGAACCGGAAAGACCGCUGAUCCACUGAAAGGGUUCCCUUGAGCAAAAGCAGGCAAAUCUAAUUAUCAUCUUUUAGGAAUGAUUUUUUGGUUGGGUGAAUGGGAUCAUCUUUAUUUUGGUGGUGGACUGCUUCAUGUUGGCCUUCCUAUUAUGGUUUUGAAUCCUUUUGAUUGUUUUAGUUCUGAAAGGGAGUAUGUAUAAAACUUGCUCUAGGUUUUGUUAUCUAUAAAAAGUUCAUAUUUUGCAUGGUAGAAAUGUUUUUAAGGAA